AUGAUUCCGGAGUACCCCCCGCGGGGCACCUCCAUCACAUACGGCGACGCCACGGUCAUGCCACCGGUGGUGUAUCACAUGAGUCUUAAACCGGCGACAUCCACUUUGUCCCCUUCUUCAACGGCCGCAAUUACUCCCGAUUCGCCAACUACUACUCCAAUUGUCUUUGUACACAAUCUCCGUCCAACCAUUUCGAAUAGCUCUAGCACAGGAGCUUUAGCGACAAGUGGUAGUGCUACCCAUGCUAGAAGGAACAAGUGCCACUCGGAGUCGGCUUUGCGUCUGGAACGUAUGCUUGCAUCGGCUGCUCCACCUAGAGAAUUGAUGCGUCGUCGUCCAUAUUCAGCGGGUGAUGAACUUGAUCUCGUGGGUACUGUUACAAUUUCGGGAUAUUCCAAGAAUAGUCAUGGCACAUGGGUGUUUAAGGUCGACGUUGGUGGUCCUAGUGACACUAAUGCAUACGUCGUGCGUCGCCGCUUUACGGAUUUUAAAUUGUUGCACGAAGGUUUGUCUGAACUCUGUAAGCUUCCCGAGCUACCACCACAUGGUAUUUUUUCGGUUGUUCAAAUGUUCGUGUCACCUGAAAAACUGCUUGCUGCGCGUGUUGCAUGUUUGCAAAAAAUGCUGCUAGUGAUCCGUGCACAUCCGACGCUGAGUAAAAGUGAGGCAUUUAUUGCUUUUAUCGGCAAGAAUCCAAGUCGAUAUGAUGCUGGCUACGUGAGUCUGUCAGGCUACGAAGUGCCGGCAAGUCAGUGUCCACGUCCUGCUGGAUCCCUCACCACAAAAUAG